AUGGUUGUCAAGAGCUGCCUGAAGCAGAACGUCGCUCCUCCUCCUACACCCGCAGAGUCCGAGCCUCCUAAAUACGAGGGCCCGCUUCUACCCUCUCACAUCGAGUCGUCGCGGCCUAUUCGCGAAGCGCGGCGGAAAUCGGUCACGUUCAGCGACGUUGGGAACGAGGAGGAGGUGAAGGAAGAGGUGUUCUACGUUGAGGAGUACGACCGUUCGCCUAUGAAGGUGACCAACAAGCUCAACUAUAGGGACAUGCUUGAGCUUAUGGAGCUCCGACUUGCUCUCCCCCGCAUCCGCCCCUUCAGCGGUAGACAACGCAGCAGCUCAGUAGACUCCGCAAGCUCUACAAGCUAA